GGAAAAAACUCAAUAAAAUGUUGAUUAGUUUAAUCAUAAUCGGUUUACUUUUUAUUGACCAUAAUCAUUCGAAACCAAUUCACAACAAUGAAACAACUUCAAUAUCAAAACCAACGAAUUCAUCUAAUAUGACCAUACUCAAUAAAGGUCAAUUGUGGUUGGAUUAUUUAUUUUCAAUAAUGGAUAAAGCAGAAUUCUUAGAUCCUAAGAAAUGUUCCAAACAACCUAAUAUCAUGUGCAAAUUUUCAAAUAUGUUUGAUUGGUUUAUCAGUUAAUUAUAUAUGGACAAACCUAUUUCAUUAUUAUCAAUGUAUUGUAAUCAAAUGGGGUGAAUUCCUUUAAUAAUAAUAAUAAUGAUAAUAAUA